ACAGGUCCUGAAACGCGGCGUGCGCCACCGUGGACGCUGGGCGCGGGCAGCUUGUAUCUCUGUGUAGUUAAAGAAGCCUGUUUAUGUACAUAUUUACACCCAAACUGUAGGCGUUAUUCUGGCGCGAGCGCGGAGAAAACAAACUACCUUUUUGAAUUUUGGACAGGACUGUUUCCUCUUUUUUUUUUGUUUGUGUGCAGCGCGAAGAAAUGAGCCUCCAAACUCACACACAUAAACCGGGAGUCCAGUAGCUAUUACGUCUGUGCAGUGCGUCCUGGUCAACACACAGAGAGAGCGGGAGAGAGGGGGAGAGAGGGAGAGAGAGUGACCAAGAGCUGCCUCUCGUUCACACCAACAGGAUAACAACUCUUUAACAUCAGCAUCAGCAGCUUUUACUCGAACCAGAGAGUGUUGGUUUUUAUUUUUCCUGCUGCAUCGUUUUCUGUAUUUUCUCCGUCUUUUCUGUUUUUUUGUUGUUGUUGUUUUUUUGUUUUGGCACGGUGGAUAUGAGACUUCAAGAUGUGAGCACUCAUGCGCUCUCACUCGCUUUAUUGAUGGGAGAUUACCAAGUGUUAAUGUGAAAGCAACCGCCGAGGACGAUUUGUGACAGGAAGACAUGUGCAGCAAAUAACCUGGAAGAAAAAAUAACCGUGGAUCUGUAAAGAUUAUUUUUUAUUUUUUCGAGCUAUUUUUGUUUUAUUUUUGUAUUUUGAAAUAUUUUAACAGACUGAAAGGAGAAAGUUCAGCCCCCCCUCCUCCCCCCCGCGCAUCGGUGAAGUCGCAGUUCAGGGGUCACGGCCAGCGGACCGAGAAGCAAAGAAAAAAAAGGGGGGGUUGGAGAGGCUACUUUGUUUGCGCUCCAUCAUUUUUUUGCCAAAGUUUUCAGCCGUUUUCUUUGGACUCAGGCGACUCGGUGUAGACGAGCAGCUGGAGGAAUGAGCACCACUGCUGUCGUUUCCCUCCUCUGGUUUUGGAGACGCCAGAACAGACCCGGUGUGGUGUCCCGUCCCCAUGAGGAGGGAGCCCGUCUCUGAUUCAUAUUUUUGACGCCAUUUCUUUCUUCCCUUCCAACCUUAAAAAAAAACUCCCAAUUACUAUACUUUUAAUAUAUUUUGUAUGAGUUGGAGUCAAAGUACAAGUUGACUUAACAAGUAAUAAAAUCCCCCCUUUAAAUAAAUUUAAAGAAAUCCUCUCUUUGAAGGGAACUGAUACCCCCUAUUUCCUUUAAUUGGAGGUCACAGUCUGUCAGUAAAGUGGCCGACUGAAGCGGGGUUGGGGGGGGGGGCCGUCCUGUGGCAUUUUUUAAGACUCCUCAUAUCGUAUCGGGGCCCUGCAGCCCUAUACCGUACCGAUGGAGAUUCACUGUAAGCACGACCCGUUUGCUGCAAUGCACAGACAUGGCGGGGUGAACCAGCUUGGAGGUGUGUUUGUAAACGGCAGGCCCCUCCCAGAUGUAGUGCGACAGCGAAUAGUAGAACUUGCCCACCAAGGGGUUCGGCCCUGCGACAUCUCACGCCAGCUACGAGUCAGCCAUGGAUGUGUCAGCAAGAUACUGGGCAGGUACUAUGAAACGGGCAGUAUCCGCCCCGGGGUAAUCGGGGGAUCCAAACCAAAGGUUGCUACUCCCAAAGUGGUCGACAAGAUCGCAGAUUACAAACGCCAAAACCCCACCAUGUUUGCCUGGGAGAUCCGGGACAGGCUCCUGGCAGAGAGAGUGUGUGACAACGACAGCGUCCCGAGUGUCAGCUCCAUCAACAGGAUCAUUCGGACAAAGGUUCAGCAGCCGCCUGGCCAAACAGGCUCAGUGUCGGCUCACAACUUAGCAACGUCCGUGGCUGCCACACAAGUAUCAGCAGUGACCAGCGACUCAGCCGGCUCCUCGUACUCCAUCAGUGGCAUUCUGGGAAUCAGCUCAGCUGCUGACGUUGGCAAGAGGAAGAGGGACGAAGGUCUGCAGGAGUCACCGCUGGCCAACGGGCACGGCCACAGUGGGCGGGACUUCCUCAGGAAGCAGAUGAGAGGGGAGCUGUUCUCACCGCAGCAGAUCGAGGUAUUGGACCGCCUGUUUGACAGGCAGCCACCCUGUCCAAUCCAAUCCACCUCUGACCUCUAUGUGAGCCCUGACUCUGGCAAGACGUCAGAUUAUUCGGCCAUGGCCUCACUCACCGGUGGACUGGACGAGAUGAAGAACAGUUUGGCCAAUCCUGGUACAGGGGCGGAGUUAGGAGCCAGCGUGUCGGGUCCACAGUCCUAUUCACUCGUUCCAGGUCGAGACCUAGCCAGCACCACUCUGCCAGGCUACCCUCCUCAUGUUCCUCCCACUGGACAGGGCAGCUACUCCACCCCCUCCCUCACUGGCAUGGUACCUGGGGGAGAUUUUUCCGGAAGUCCAUAUUCUCAUCCCCAGUAUUCCACGUACAAUGAAUCGUGGAGAUUUCCUAACCCCAGUUUAUUAGUCUUUCAGCAGGAUUAUGGGUCUCUCCUGGGGACGGAAAUCGGCUGCUCCUCCAGUCUCUUCACCAGCCAGGCAGGACAGAUGCAAGGGUCACCGUACUACUACAGUGCAACAUCACGGGGGACGGGCCCUGCUGCCACUGCGACAGCCUCCGCCUACGACCGCCACUGACCCCACUGAGAGGAGAGGAGGAUGAGAAGAAGGAGAUGAGGGAGGGAGGGACGGAUAGCACCAGCACCACUCAGUACAAACCUGCCUACGCAUGGACGACAAUGGGGAUGAAGAUUUCAAAUUUUUGACGUCAGUGAAGUUUGAAUUUUCUUUGAUUGCCAACAAACGCACUGCUGGGCUGCAACACAGACAAACUGUAUGGGUUUUACAUUACUGUGAGGACACAGGCAUGGCGGUGUCAAUAACUGACAUAUUCAGAAGAUUUUGUAAGCAAGUACAAAAUUGGACCCUCCCAUAACAUCUGAAGGCUUGGUAUCUCUAACUUGUUUUUAAAUCUACAGUAAGUCUGUGGAGCAGUGAAACUGUAUUGUGAUCUUCUGGGUAAAAUGUUAUGUUUUCAGGUUGGGAAUAUUUUUGAUGAAAUUAUUUGAGUUGAUUAGAGCAAAAUCACUUUUUCAAACGGUCCUUUUAUGCCCCGACAUCAAUCAAUUUUCUAUGCCAUGCUACGGUGAAGUAAAGACAAUCCAAUUCUCAUAACUUUAAAUGACCAAAAUCACCCCUAUCAUUACCAUUCCAGAGUCUCGUGCUGUAGAUUCAACGCAUUUCCCCUGGGAUCACAAUGCUCACUAAAUGGGAUACACUACCUUUCAAUGGGAGUGUUCAGUUUCACAACUGACCGUUCGCUAAGCCCCACCACCAUUAGUUACUGUCGCUAUGCCUGGCAAGCUUUCCGUUCUCACUAGCACAUAUGCAGUUAACAAUGGUAACAGUGGCAGAUUUACCAAUCCUAGUGAUUUUUGAAACAAUGGAUUCUUGAUUUCAAAUAGAAGUAGACAAAAGCAGCUUCUCACUUCUAUCAGGAAGCCAUCAAUUUUGCUGAAAUAUCAACUGUCGCUGGCAGAUUUGAUCAGCUGUAGCUAUCAUAACAUGUUUGUAUUUUUAUAAGCUUAAUCAGUUGGUUAAUGAUGUGCUAUUGGACUUGCAAGUAACACUUGGUUACUAAUUUGCCAGACAUGCUAAUGUUUGUAGCAUUUGUUAGAGCAAAUAAACACAUCGGUCAGUUUAACUAAUAUAAAACUACGGUGGUUUUCAUUGAGUCUGCAGCUACAAUCUGUGUGCAUUCAGCACCUGAUUUACAAAGGCAGCAGUUCAUCACACAGUCAGCUCCUGGACUGCGUCUCAUAUUGAACCUCCAGACGCACUCCGGUGAAGGCGAGCUCAUAGAUGCAGUUCAGAGGUGGGACUGCAUUUGUCACAACUAAGCACAGAAAAGAAACGUUAACACAGCAGUCUUAAUUACGAAAUAUUCACAUUGGACAACUCCACCUGAGAGAAAAUGUUACUCAGAAUAUUGCUUAUAAAAUCAUCUAAUCGAAUUUGUAGCAUAUAUCUAAUGAUUUUGAGGAGGCAAUAAACACGUUCAUGGCAAAAAGGAGAUAAAGUGAGAGAGAGAGAGAGAGAGACAGAAAGACAGAGAGAGAGAGACUGGAUGUUAAUGCUAAGGUUAAAUGACUCCCCCUUUCAAACCCGUUCAAUGUUGAGUAUCACUCUUACUACAGCCCCAUGCACACUGCUUCAGCAUGUGGAGAAGUCAAAAGCUUGACAGGCGUGCCGUGCUGAGUUAUGGUUACCAAGCUAUGAUAAUCGCUGUUCGAGGGUGGGCUUUAGCAAACGGUCAGUUUCAGUGGUUGUAGCCAGAUCCCAGCGUGUUCCCCCAAUAAGAAAAACUGUAUCCUAACAUCCACACUUCACAUUCAAAGUGGUCUGAAUGCCACUGACUGACGGACAGGCCUUUCAGUAAAAGCACAGCCUAAAAUCUGAGCCCUCUACUGUAAAACAAACAGUGUACAUGUUCACAUCAGACCAAAAUCCACCAGGGAGUGUUAUUGUACAGGAAGGUGCUAUCCUACCUCCCCAGCCAAGAUUUAGUCCUGAUCAAGAGCUAUUUAUAAUGGAGGAGACACAGAGUAAUAUAUUAAGAAGCUUUUCUGCGCUGCACUCCGUGAUGAGAGUGAAUGCCUGUAAUGAUUUAUAAUAUGUGUCACGCUGUUGUGCUAGAAUAGUGAUGAUGAUGAUGAUGACGAUGCAGUGAAAUAUGAAAUCUUAAAAACUUUCAAUACGAAAAAGAAGUCUUUGUUUAUAAAUAUGAUCCGAUUGCGAUUUUCCUGUUUAUAGUUUGUUGCCUGGUAUUAGUUGACACAGGUGCCGCUGAAUAAGACGCCAUUUUUAUCCGCUUCCUGAAUAUUGAAAAGAAGAUCCAGGAAGUAGUGGCACCCUCUCUUUCUCUCUCUCUCUCUCUCUCUUUCGCUCUCUUUCGCUCUCUUUCUAUUUCUCUCUUUAAACUCCCCAAAGAUGGGCCCCCCCUAGUGGAUCGGCUGACUAACUACAAAAGCACAAAGAGACUCAAUCAUCAUUUAAAGGCGCCAUUUUACUUUCUGACUUCCUUUCAGAUCCAUUCAGUACUUCUUAUUCUUCUCCCCCUUUUGAAUGCUUGUCCUUGUGCUGUUUGACAUCCUGAAAUUGUUUCUAUAAAAGCAUUGCUUUCGUGAAAAAACAAGUGAAACUGUUUUCUUUUUUUUUCUUUUUGUUUGUCUCCUACAUAAGUUCUGCGCUGUGACAAUGUAUGACACCAGGGUCGAGGCCUUACCCAUCAUGUACAGACAGAGUAGGACAGAUGUGCCCUUGAGCGCUGAUCUGAAAUCAGUGUGUUAUCCCUCUCAAAUGUUUAAGGGCCCGCGGUGUUGAUCUUGCGAGGGGGCAGUAUCUUCCUAAACCUGUACGUAGCUUCCUGUCUCACUUCUGUCAAUACACGAUUUGUACAGUAAUCAGUGAACGAGAAGAGAAGUCACAAUGUCAAUAACAAGUUCAAUUAUUCACAUUUGAAUUUAGAUUUUAGUGUUGAAGCUUUUUUACGAUAAAAAGACUAGGAGGUGUGUGGUGUUGUUUUAGCCAUCGUUUUUUCAUAUCUUUUGUUUAUUUGUUUGUUUGUUCUGGGUAUGUGUGGCUGACCGUAGCGCUUCAUUGCUACUGUGUAGUCUACAGUGUAAAUCUGCAGCGUGAGACAUAAAAAUAUAGAUAUAUAAACAUAUACCUAUAAACACUGAACAAAGCUGUUAGUUUCUCAAUCUUUGUUGUUUCUGGGUUUUGAAAUAGUGAUAGAGUGGAUCCUUUUACAUUUGUAGACCUUAAAAGUUGUGUGUACACAACUCUAAAGAAGAUUCUUAUGACGGCUCACCCGCUGUGCUGCCAGCGUGCAACGCAGCAGGAGUCUUUCCUUAUUUCUGUCUUUCUCUCUUGAUCUUUCUGAGGCAUUAUUGAACCUGAACCACACCAGCUGAAAACAAGGACAGUGCCUUUAGUUUUAUAUGUCAAACCCCCCCCCGACUGACCAUGCAUCACUAAAACAAGAUUCAGUGUCCCUCCCUGCAACUCCUUAAACAAAACUCUGCCUAUCUGCCCAUGCGAACACAGGGUUGUAGAUUAUAUAAAGCCUUCCACAAAUAAGUCAGAAAUUUCAAUACCAACUUCAGAUAAUAAUUUACAUACUGUACCAACGGUAACAUUGCACCUCUUAUAACAGAACCUAGCCCUGAUCCAGAACAGAAGAAUAUGUCCUAGAGCUUGGACAUUUGAGUCACAGAUUCACUUACAAAAUGACUGACCGGGAUAAUGUUGAAAAUACAAACUCAUCUGAUGGAAAAUCCUCUUAGGAAUCUACAAGCACUGUCAUGCGGUCAUGUAAUGUAAAUGUGUCAUGCAAAAUGAACGGUUGUUCAUUCAGUGCUGCCACUAGUGGUUUGUAGAUGUAUAAAUGAGAUUGCACUUUUAAUCGCUAGAAUCGAAGUCGAUGAGCGAGGAAGGUGUUAUAUUAAUGUUUGAAAUCUCAAAUAUAAUGUUAAAUAGAAUAAUCCUUUCUGUGAUGGAAUAAAUAAUGUUUUUAGCAGUGCAACUAUUUAAUGGAUUGGAAUGAAAUUUAGUACAGAUAUUCAUGGUUGCCAGAAAAUAUAUCCUAAUGACUUUGUGAUCCCCUGAUUUUUUGCUUUAGUGCUACGAUGAAUUUGACAUGGUGGUUUUGUGUAAAAUGACUCCACAACUUUGCCAUGAAUCUUGCGCCACUGUCAGGUCAAACAUUUAAGUCUGUCUAAGAUGGUGAACAUGGUAAACAUUAUAUCUGCUAAACAUAGGCAUGUAAGAAUUACCAUUGUAAGUAAGUUAGCAUUAAGCCCAAUGCAGUACAGAGUCACUGAUCCAUUAGCAUUUCCUACCAUCCACUGAGUUCAUAUUUUCAACAUUCUUCCACAGCAAAUUUGAUGAGCAGAUCUCUGACUGAUAUGUGAUGAAGUGAAGGGCCGUGAUACGUUAUAAACAGCCCUGGAUCAGAGCUAAACAGGACCCACUGGCUUGACCAUGAGUGAACACUGAAAAAAGGCACAAAAUAUACACAAAAAAAGCCAAGUAAGCGAUAGACAGAUUACAAGUCUGUAUAUUAAUAUUGCUUUUUUAUUCAACUAGAGCGUUUUGUAAAUGAAUUACACCCUACACAAACACACACACACACACACACACACACACACACACACACACACAACUGUAAACAUGAAGAAAUAUUGAUUGAAAAUCAUUCUCCUUGAGGAGGUAAAUCCAGUCAUGUCUCCACCAAACCGGCCAAAAUUCAGCACCCGUGUGUAGCCAAGAAUCCGGUGACACAUUAACAGGAUUAUUUGUUAACUAUGCAUCUCAUAGUGAUAAAGCUUGCCUUGCCAUUGCUUUGACCUAAUUGGUUCACAUGGGGAGAGAAUGGGUUCUCAUUGGCCCGCAGUCAUUUCGAUUGGCAGCCAUGACAUUGACUGCAGCGAUGAGGGGGGACUGUCAUUGUGGGUGGUACUGUAGGAAGCACGGCGGGCAGAGGCCACACACACACACAUAACUAUAAGUACAGAGACACACUCUCUCCCUCCCUUUGUCCUUUGCGGAGUGGUGAUCGCCCCUCCUCUCAUGCCCCUGUGUUCCCCAGGGAAGGCCAAACCUGCUGUGCCAUCAGAAGCUCAUCCCGUCUUUUUUCUCCCCCUCCCUCAGCCCUAAUCUCAUCAUAUCUCGUGCGCUCGUCCCCCCCCUCCUCCUCUCCUUCCCUCCUGUAGCACUGCCACACCAUCAGGAUUAGGAAUAUUAAAACUAUUCUGUUGAUUUCAGGCCCGUGACCUUCCUCAAAAAGUCCUCCCUCUUUCUUCAGACAGCCCUAUUAAUCCUUUUUUCCCUCUCCUUUCUUACUUUUCUUUCUGACUAUUCAGACGUGAUGCUCACUGUCCUGUCAGAAAUUCUGCAUAGGAAUGAACCAGUGGUGUUUUGUGCCAAAGCGAGGUCAUUUCAAUGGCAAUAUUGCUGCCGGUAUCUUUAUUUGGCUACGGAUAUUCUGUGAGCUCAUAUCACAUAUUCUGUUUUCUCUUCGUGUAUCUAUAGAGAAUUUAAAACACAAAGAAACACUAGAACAAUAAUGUUUCAUUUCCAGCUUUGCUACAGUUUACUGUCCAUGAAAAUACAAUUGCAUCCUGAAUUUUUUUCUCCCAGCUUCGAAUCAAAUAGGAAACUGAAAUAAAUGCAAAUUAGUUUUUUUUUUUUAUUAUUAUGAUUUCUCACCGAGUGUGCACCACCUGACUGUAUCUCAAUAUGAAUCCAUGAAGAUGGCUACUGCCUUCGUAAAACCUGAGGGGAUUUCAGCAUCACAUCUUGACAGCAAUUAGUGGCACAAUCUGUUUCAUGCUUGCUGAUAUAACUAGGCUCUGGACAGAUCUCAUACUGAAGUGUUACAAUGUUCUGUACAUCUUAAUAUUAUUCAACUGUGGAAGAGGAGAAAUACACAGGACUCAGCCUACAAAAAUCAACUGUGCUUUUUAAGCAGAUGUUUCAAUCAAAAAAAAAAAAUAGAUAACAUGAUUUUUCACCUUACUGUGGCCUUUCGUGUAACAAUCUGGAGUUUUUUUGUGUCCAUGGCUUCCUAUCUGGGGUGUUAAAGAGAUAUUUAUAUCUGUAAUGUUUUGGUAAAAAAAAAAGAACAAACAAAAGACAGAAAGAAAUACAUCAGAAUGCAAAGACAGAUGCAAAGAUGAAAUUAGGUUUGAACAAUUCAGCUUGCUCUAUUCUUCGAAAUCAAAACGCGACAAAAAGAAAACAUAUCUGUAACAUUCACCAAAGCCUGUGAUGCCUGUUUUAAAUGAUAGAUUCUUGUACAAAAAACAUAUAAAAUAGCAGAAAAGACUUACAGAUACAAACACAAAAUGAAGAUAAGAAAUGCCUUCAAAUAUUCUGGAGGGGAGGAUUUAAAAAAAGUAAAAAGAAAUGCUUCUUUAAGAAAAUGUGUAUGUUUUUUAUUCGAUUUUCUAGUAGUUGCAAACAAAACUUGGUGUUUUUUCUCUUUGUGUGUUGUGUGUUGUCUUAAUAUUUGAAUGUAUUUUACUGCAGUGCGAAUUUGCCAAAGAUAUCAUAUCACUUGAUUUCUCUCCUUUAUUUUUUUGUUUUCUUUUUGUUCCUGAAUUGUGACCAAUUUUGUUCAGAAAACUGGAAAUAAAUGGUGAAUUUGAUAUUAUGCUUAUUUUUCAUAUUUCUAUUGUUAAUGUUAUUGUUAUUUUAUUUGCUGGGUUUGAGUUUACUGUGAAAUAUUAAAUUGCAGUUUGCUUGAUGCAUCUCUUCAUACUCAGUCUGUGUACCUGUCCAUCCGUCCACCUGAGUGACUGUUGUUGGUGAAUUAUUCCAUUUAUGUACCUGUAAUGUGAAGCUAAGAAGUAAUUAUUUGUAAAUAUUUGCCAUAAUUUUAUUGGUCCUUCAGAAUAAAAAAUAAUUUUUUGGAA